CGUGCACGGCGACGAACGCACGCGCUCCUUUAGCUCCGCAGCUACGAACAUAUCGUACUCAAAAAUGUCUAAGCGCACAGCUAAAGAAAAAUUAAUUCACUAUCGUGAAAAAAUCAAGAGACUUGAACAAAUUUAUGAUUCGUCUUCAUCGGAAGAUGAAGAUGUUGUAAUGGACCCUGACGGUCCCAUACUGGCUCAUGAUCCUAUUAUACAGGAACCACAAAGAAACAUCGAAAAUCCCGAACCGGAACAUAAUAGUAGUGUACCGAUGUCGGACCAUAAUAACGGGAUUAUUGUACCUGAAAAUCAGGCAGAUUUACCGAUGUCGUCAGCUCAACCCGAGCUCGCUCCAGACAUGCUGCUCGCACUCGGAGAGUCCACAGAGGACACCCCGGAAUACGGCGAAAACAUCCACGACAAUCUAACGAAACUUUGGUCACCGUUACUUAAAAAAGGCAUGACGACCGAAGCUAGAGAUAAAAUCUUAAAAGACUAUUUGGUUCCCGACAACUGCCGGUUGUUACAAGCACCAAAAUUAAACGUGGAGAUUUCAGCAGCCGUACCCGAUAUGGUUCGUAACCGAGACAAAAAUCUGGCCGCGACGCAGCAGCAACUCGGCAACGGAAUCGCUGCUAUUAACAGGGCCAUGGAUAUUCUAAUCAAAUGCGCCGAUCCCAACGGAAUCAGAGCUAUGAAACACCUCAGCAACGGUUGCCGUAUUCUUGUGUGA